CCGUCAUCGUCCUCAACCCAAAAUCCACAGUCCCCAUCUCCGAUCUCUUCUCACGCCAUGGACAUCCAGCGCAACACCUCCCCUUCCUCUUCCUCCUCCUCUGCCUCUUCUGUCGCUCCGAACUCUUUAACCGCCGUCGCGACUGCCACCGCCGCCACCGACGACCCGAUGCACUCCUGGUGGGAGUCCAUCUCCAAGGCCCGCACCCGCAUCGAGUCCCUCUCCUCCAUCCUCUCCAUACCUCUCUCUUUCCUCAGCGACUCCGACCGCCCCGCCCUCUCCCUCCUCUCCUCCUUGCCCGUCUACUCUGCCCUUUCCUCGGCCCUCGCCGACCCCCUUUCGGGCUCCGGCUCGGACCCCCUCUGCCACUGGCUCUACGACACUUUCCUCUCGUCCGAUCCCCACCUCCGCCUCGUCGUCUUCUCCUUGUUGCCCCUCCUUUCUGGUCUCUACCUCUCCCGCAUCCACUCCGAUCCCUCCCCGUCCCUCGCCGGCUUUGAGGCUGUCCUCCUUGCCAUUUAUUCUUCCGAAUGCAAGGCCCGCGCAGGCAAACCCUCGCUGAUUGCGAUCCCAGACCUCUCCCAGCCCUCUCUCUACCACAGUCCGCGCACCCGAUCCCCUGCGCCGCCAUCCCGUGCCUCUGCCGGGGUUUUGUGGCCGCCCCUUGAGCCACAGGUUGCGGUGAAGUCUACAAAAAGGGCCGCGAUAGUGGGAAUAGCUCUGGAUUGUUAUUAUAAGCAGAUCUCUCAGAUGCCUUCAUGGUCAAAGCUCGAGCUUUGCCAGUUCGUUGCAGCUUGGGCGGGGCAGGAUUGCUCCUGCAGGAGGGAGUUUGAUGGUGACGAGGAAAAAGUUGAUGGGUUCAGGGCUCUGGAGGAUGGGAAUGGCAUUGAGAAUGAGAUAGAGAUUGAUGGGUUUGUGGAGGAAGUUAGGAACUUGGCAAUUGAAGAGAAUGGUGUGAAUCUGGAGUCAAAGGGUGCGAGAAUCCCGCUCCCUUGGGAGCUUUUGCAACCUGUAUUGAGGAUCUUGGGCCACUGUUUGUUGGCUCCUUUGAACGCAGAGGAAGUCAAGGACGCUGCUUCGGUUGCGGUCAGGAGUUUAUAUGCAAGGGCUUCUCAUGAUUUGGUUCCCCAGGCAAUCUUGGCUACGAGGAGUCUCAUUCAGCUCGACAAGAGGGCGCGAGAGGCUGCAAAAGCGGUUGUAGCUGUGGCAGCUGCAAAUGCAUCUUCGAAUGCUAACACGCCGAGCAAAGCUAAGAAACCUGAGAUUCUUUUGGUGUCCAAGUGACAAUUAUUUUGGUUACUUUUGCCAGUGUUGGAUGUUGUUGUGUAGACAGCUCAAAAUCAAACAGUUCACUGAGCAUCAUGUGUUGGUUCUUGAACUGGUAUGUGUGUAUUGAUAGAGGUGAGAAGUUCAUCUGCUGAUACGUAGGAAUGGGGUUCUACCCCUUAUAUUUCGUUCUGGAGAGUUUAUGAUCUUCUGCUGUGCUUGGAUGCACUUCCUUGAUGCUUGGCAAAAUGUUUUGUCUGUAACCCAUGAAAUUGUCUCUUUUUGUCCAUCAUGUUGUCAUGCUAUGUGAGGAUUAUGCCAAUGUGCUGGGUGAUUCUUCCUUUUA